GACACACUAGUCAAUUUUCAGUGCUCGGAUCGUGUUGAACACACAAGUUCAGGAGCUAAACACAAUUUUAGCGAUCACUUUACCCCCGCCGGUCGAUUUUAUUUUUUCGCUCAUCUAUUCGUUUUUGGAUUUUAUGAGAUGCUCGUAGUAUAAAUCGAUUGCAUUUCGUGUCGAGUUUUCAAGACUGUCGAAAAGGGAAUUCAUCGAAAUAUUUUCAUUUGUGGCUUUUUUUUUUUUAAAGCAAAGGAAGUGAUUUUUUUUGUGUGAAAUUUGGUGCUCUUCGGACAAUUUCGAACAAUUUGAAAUUGUUGAAGAAAAAGACAUUUUUAUUCAAAUCGAAAGUGAAAAAGAUUGAAUUGUUGCAUUGAACAAAAAGAACAUUAGUUUUGUGAACUGAAAAUAUUGGAUAAUUUUAACUAGAAAGAUCAAACAAAAAGAAAGUUGAAGGAUUAUAACAAGAUUUAGAACCAUAGGAACAUUGAUAAAAUGAGAACUUUGCUGGGGAUUUUAUGUUUCGCUUUGUCCGUUGUGGUGCAAGCACAGCGAAGUUCAUUCCCAUUGCCCGAGGUGACACCUGAGGAGCGACAAUUUCGCGUUGUCUACGAAUGGUCAACCGUUGGAUUUGCGUAUCGUAGCGAUAUCGAGCGUGGAAAUGCCAUCUAUCUAAAUCAUUACAUUCCACGCAACAAUUUGAUUUCGGAUGUCAAAGCAUUUGCAAAUCGUUUAUACUUGACGGUGCCACGUAUGUUGCCGGGCGUUCCGGCAACAUUGGGCUGGAUUGUCUCACCGAAUAACAAUGGACGAACUGAUCCAGAAAUAGAGCCAUUCCCAUCGUGGGAAAUGAACGAAAUUGGAAACUGUUCAGCGCUGCAAUUUGUGCAAGGCAUAGCAAUCGACACGGAUGGCAUCAUGUGGGUGGUUGAUUCCGGCCGUAUUGAAACACUCAGCCAGGGUUCACGACCACAUGCGAAUUGUUUGCCAAAAUUGCUAUUGCUUGACUUGAAACGGAACGGUACGAUAAUUCGACAGUAUGAAUUCCCAGAUGAAGUGGCAUCGCGUGGUUCAAAUUAUCUCAAUAAAAUUGUCAUCGACGAUGCAUUCGGUGGAUUUGCCUACAUUACGGACAACAGUGGUGCCGAUCCGGGUAUUGUCGUUUAUUCGAAGCGUUUGAAUCGAUCAUGGAAAAUACGGGAGGUAAAUUCGAUGCGUGCCGCUCGCAGUGCUCAAGAUUUUAUUAUCAAUGGGACGAGUUUGAAUUUUGCCAUUCACAUUGAUGGCAUCGCAUUGGGACCAUACUAUAAUCCAGAAACGGGUUUGACACAAAAUCAAGGAUUACCCACCGCUAGCCAACAACAACGUGGUCAAUUGAAUUUGCGAGCCAAUAAUUUCGAACGAAACGUUUACUACAGUCCAUUGUCUAGCUACCAUUUGUAUUCGAUUCCGGCAUCGUUGCUACGUGAUCCCGAAUUUGCUCGCCGAGCAACGCCACGCGAUAUUUUAGCCGCAGUUACCGAUGUUGGACUGAAAGUAUCACAAACCGAUGGCAUGAUUAUGGACAAUCGAGGCGUUCUCUAUUAUGGCCUGUUGAAGGAUAAUGCCAUUGCACAGUGGGACUCUUAUCUUCCGUUUACGUAUGAAAAUCAAUUGAUCAUUGCCAAAGAUGAUAAUUACAUUCAAUGGGUCGAUGGCAUGAGUUUUGAUGAAGAAGGCUAUUUGUAUGUGGUUGUCAAUCGGCUAUUUAAUUUCGUUGCCGGACGCCUGAGACCGAAUGACAUCAAUUUCCGAAUUCUACGCGCUAAAACUGGAACAUUGAGCUAUGUGUACACCAAUAAUGGUGGUUUGGGAGCACGUGCACCUGAAGAUAUUCUCAAUCGUGGUCUCAUUUUGAACGAUUUUGGCAAUGGUAUCGCCUCGACAACACCAUAUUUUAGCUCAUUGGAAGGAGCUCGAUUCUUCUCCGGCGCAACAAUGUCCGCACAAUCAAUCGCAUUAAUUUUUGUACUCUCAAUCGCCACGAUGAGCACCUAUUUCAUUCGCUUUUAGAUUUAAAACAAAAACAACAUCAAAAAACGAUUAACAAUUUAAAUGAUUUACCUAAUUUUAAUUAAACGUAAUGAACCGAAUUUUUCGUAUUAUCUUUUAAAAAUGAACAAAAUUGCAUCAAUACUGUAAAUGUGAAUAGAGCUUAAGAGGAAAUAUAUUGUUUAAUUUAAAACAACAAAAUAAACUGAAAAGAACACCAUUUUAAGAAGA